AUGGCUUCCUUGACAGAUCUUUCCAUGGGAGGGGCAGCAGAUCUUUUGACAUUUCGAGUUCAAGUCCACUUCCCUCGGUUGGUCGAUGUGCAAUACACUUGGAAUGGGAGCGAAGUUCGGUACAAAAUGUUCUGCUGCCUUCUGAGUGGUGAAAGCGGAGAUUAUUGCAUGGGAGAAGUGAAGCCCUCCAAGAAGCAACCAAAAGUUGCUGAAGAAGCCUUGAAGAAGUAUACAAGCUCCAGUGUGUUGGAGUUGUCGCGAGUGAAAUUGGCUGAUUCCAAAUUAGCCUACGUGCACACUCCCAUCAAGAAGGUGGUGAACUUGCAGGCGACGAAGGUCAACGUUGUGAAGGAGAAACCCGACAAGACUUGGUUUCCAAAGCCCAGAAUUCAGGUGGCUGAAUGCUUAUCCCUGCAGACAACGCAACAGUUUGAUGUCAUGGGAUUUGUCACGAAAGUGGAGGAGUUGAAAACCAUUGGCAGUGGGCGGCGGGUUUGCGAGAUAGUGAUCGAAGACGGCAACAAAAAUAUGGAAAAGCGCGUUGCGAUGACAGUGUCCAUGUGGUUUGACGCAGGAGAGCAUGAUCCUCAGGAGCUGCUUCUUGUCAAAGAAGGCUUGGCCAAGCGCAAGCCGUUAUGCUUUUACGCUCUUGCCGGCAAACAUGACUCUGGCAAUGGCUACGUGGUACAAUCCAGCAGGAACAUGUUGGUGACCGAGGCGCCCCCAGACACGCAAUUGCCCAUUGACUUUGAGACCUUGGCGGCUUGCGUUCCAGAGAACAAGCAGACCAUGGCACCAGACCUUGUUCUCCAAGAUGACACGCAGUCGUACAAGCAAGACCCAGCGGUGAACACAACAGUUUCUUUGUUAGAAAGAGUGACACGUGAAAAUGACAGCCUCAAGGGCGUCUUGUGGCAGCUGAACUGGUGCGAGCUUACC